AAUGAUUGCACCUAGUUAGAGAGAGCAUAAUCCCCAGCUACCACUAAAUUCAACCACAUCCUUCACAUUUCUUCAAUUGCAUGCCAUUAUUUGUUGAAACGGUAAUCACAACGCUGAGAAAAAUCAUGUCAUGAGAUGUCUAUUUCCCCAAGACGGGGAUAUGUGUGUGUGACCGAUGAGGCGCUGAGCAAAAAACAUCCAAGAUUUGGAAUCUCUUGCGAUGUCUUCACCAACCAAACAUUUAAGUGCCCAACUACCUAUCAAAGUUAGACUAAAAUUCGCUUCAACUACCAGUCUUCUCUCUCUAUUAUGGUCGCCUUUGUCCUAAGAAUAUUUUCUCCUAUUAAUACUCGACACUUGUUAAUGAUUGACAACAUCAACAAACUUCAAGCAUAGUUCCUUCUCCGCAUCUCCUCUCAUACAAAACAUACACUGAAACUAUUUACAUCUCCUUUGAGCUCCUUUGUAACAAUGGCUGACAUGGAUCGCGCUUCUGAUGAUGUUUCUGCAGAUUCUACAGCAGAGCAAACCAGUCAAGCUUCCAAGGCUGAGUUUUCUGAAGAUGAGGAAACCCUCAUAACCAGGAUGUACAAUCUGGUUGGUGAGAGGUGGUCUUUGAUUGCUGGAAGAAUUCCUGGAAGAACAGCAGAGGAAAUAGAGAAAUACUGGACUUCAAGAAGCUCAACCAGUGAAUAAGUACAAGAAAAUGACCAAGUUUCAUUCACUCCUGGAACAAAGAAAAUUUUGGGCCUUUAUAAGUUGUAGAAGUUAUAUGUUAUGGUAUAUGCAAAGAUGACCUUAUAAAGGGUACUGGUAUUUCGCGUUUUCACUGUAACCAAAGGGGGCAUGCCAUAAAGCCUCUAUAAUAUUCUUCUUCGUCGUGAAUUGCUAUUUGAAGUAGUGCUAGCCACCUGCGAGUAUCUUCUUAUUCGUAUAGCCUAUAGAAUAUGCUUUAGUGAGCCCUCUGGAAUCUGGAUGUUUUUUGCUUCUCCUUCGAGAGUUGUAAUUUGAAGUGAAGGCCACCUGCGUGUAGUCUAUCGCAUUCUGGGUUGGUACAAAUUCUUUCUUUCAAAGCAACCACGAGUGGUGAAAGUUUUCCUGAUGAAUUAUAUUGUAAAGAUGUCUUGUGAAGUCACUUCACAGUUCACACACACAACUUGGAAUUUGGAGGGUUGAAAUCUGAAACUGGGUAUGUUAUCUUGA